AUGGAAGACAAGCGCCUCCGCCUCAAGAUCUCUUACGUUUCAAAGACCUCGUAUUCCUCUGCAACUGAUGCCCCUCUGCUUAGAUCUGGGGUUCCAUCGAAGCUCACUCUCGGGAGGAUCGGCUCCGCUUUCCUCUUCUCUCUCAAUUCAGCCAUAGGCUACAUGCUCAUGCUCGCUGUGAUGUCCUUUAAUGGCGGUGUUUUCAUAGCAGUGGUUUUAGGGCUUGGAAUCGGCUAUAUUCUCUUCAGAGGAAUCGGUGAAGAGGAGAUACUCUAUGGGUUUGCUUGCUAG